GUCUUCUACAUCGACCACAACACGCGCCAGACGUCGUGGAUCGACCCGCGCGACCGGAUAACAAAGCCAUUGACCUUUGCCGAUUGUGUUGGGGAUGAACUUCCUUUAGGAUGGGAAACUGUAUAUGAUAAGCAAAUUGGAAUUUAUUACAUGGACCACAUAAAUAAGCUUACCCAGAUUGAGGAUCCCAGAGAACAGUGGAGGCGAGAGCAGGAACGGAUGCUGAAGGAGUAUUUGAUCGUGGCCCAGGAGGCUCUCAAUGCCAAGAAAGAAAUCUACCAGAUUAAGCAGCAGCGGUUCGAGCUGGCCCAGGAGGAAUACCAGCAGCUGCACAAAAUGUGUGAGGACGACAGCCGCUCGUACGCUAGCUCCUUCUCUGGAUAUUCAACAAAUACAAAGUACGACCCAUACCAAAUUAAAGCAGAAAUAGCAAGUCGUCGGGAUAGGCUUUCCAGAUUAAAACGAGAGCUGACCCAGAUGAAGCAAGAACUGCAGUACAAGGAAAAGGGGGUGGAGACCUUGCAAGAGAUUGAUCGUAAGAUGUCAAGCACUCACACCAACUACAAGCUGGAUGAGGCACAGGCCAUAAUGAGUGAGCUCCGGACCAUCAAGAAAGCCAUUUGCACAGGCGAGAAGGAGAGGCGGGACCUGAUGCAGAGCCUGGCCAAGCUGACCGACGGCUUCAGGAAUAGCUUUUCUCUCACCGACCCUCUGCCGGAGCUCCCUCACAAUCCAGGUGUGCUUGGCGAUUCUUUACCUCACCAGUUCUGCGACGCUGGGUCUCAGACCGACAUCGUUGGAGAGUUUGUCUUUGAUGAUAAGACAAGACUUGUAGACCGAGUCAGGCUUAAUUGGCAGUAUGAGGAAGCCAGAAAGAGGGUGUCGACCAUCCAGCAGCAGCUGGCCCAGCUUGACAACGAGUCCUGGCCGGGUUUGGCCGAGGCCGACAGGGACCGGCUGCAGCUCAUCAAGGAGAAAGAGGCCCUGCUUCAGGAGCUGCAGCUCAUCGUUCAGCAGCGGAGGCCGGUGGAAGACGUGGCCCGGCUGGAGGAGGAGCGGAGGCGCCUGGAGGAGGAGAUCCAGCGCGCGCGGGCCACGUCCGUGCAGGGCGCCACGGAAAGGAUUCUCCUUCAGGAAAAAAGAAACUGUCUGCUUACGCAGCUAGAAGAGGCUACCCGCCUAGCGUCCUAUCUCCAGUCCCAGUUAAAAAGCCUGUCUGCCAGCACCCUGACCGUGUCUUCGGGGAGCAGCCGCGGGUCCCUGGCCUCCAGCCGGGGCUCGCUCGCCUCCAGCCGCGGUUCCCUGAGCUCCGUCAGCUUCACGGACAUCUACGGCCUCCCGCAGUACGAGAGGCCGGACGCCGAGUGUGGCCAGCUUCUGCGCUUCGACCUCAUCCCCUUCGACUCCCUGGGACGAGACGCCCCCUUCUUCGAGCCCCCGGGCCCCUCGGGCUUCCACAGGCAGAGGCGCUCCCUGGACACGCCGCAGUCCUUGGCGUCGCUGUCCUCCCGCUCCUCCCUGUCCUCUCUGUCGCCCCCGAGCUCGCCCUUGGACACGCCCUUCCUCCCGGCCUCGCGCGACUCGCCCCUGGCCCAGCUGGGGGACAGUCUCGAGGUGCCCGGCCUGGGCGCGCUCGACAGACUGCGGGCUCAGGCCUCGGCUUUGGGGGACGAAGACUCGCAGGGCACGGCGUCCCUCCAGCCGCACGGCUUCCCCGGAGACGGGGAAGGACCUCGCGAGCGAGGACCCCAAGCGGCUGCCGCUCCCGUGGGCGCAACGGUGACUCUUCGAGAGGACAGUGCCACGAGGUUGGAGAGGAGAGCACGCCAUGUGUCUGCAUGCCUGUCCGAUUAUUCACUGGCGAGCGAUAGCGGAGUAUUUGAGCCUCCAACCAAAAGGAGUGAAGAUACCGAGGAGUCUGCACAUGGAGACGCUUGUGGUAACGAAGGGCCCCAGAUCCACGUUGGAUUCUUGCUCGACACUGCCAGCGAAUGUCUUCUCGUGAAUGUGUUCCAACUAAAGAAUUUUGCGGGGCUGGUCAUGAAGGAGGACUGCAAAGUACACAUCCGAGUCUAUUUGCCACCGAUCGACUCCGGCACACCAAACACUUACUGCUCUAAGGCUCUGGCAUUCCAGGCCCCCCUGGUAUUUAAUGAAAUUUUCAGAAUCCCUGUGCAUUCAAGCAUGUUGACGUUGAAGUCACUUCAAUUAUAUGUGUGUUCAGUGAAUCAGCAGCUGCAGGAGGAACUGCUGGGCAUCGCUCAGAUCAACUUGGCCGACUACGACGGGUCCGGCGAGAUGCAGCUGCGCUGGUACGCGGUGCAGGUGUUCGGCAGCUGCGGGCCGCCCGGGCCGGGCGCCGCCGCCAGGGACCCCGCGCUGGCCGUCGCCGGGAAGACGGACGCGGUGACGGCGCUGCUGGCCAGGACCACUGCCCAGCUGCAGGCCGUGGAGCGUGAGCUGGCCGAGGAGCGCGUGAAGCUGGAGUACACGGAGGACGAGAUCCUCGAGAUGGAGCGGAAGGAGGAGCUGGCCGAGGCCGUGUCCGAGAGGAGCUGGCAGGCCGACUCGGUGGACAGCGGCUGCAGCAGCUGCGCCCAGACCAGCCCCCCGCACCCCGAGCCCUGUUGCGUCGGCGCCGACCCCAUCCGUGGACACACGUUUGCCGGCCAGGCAGACCCUUACAGCCCCGAGAAGUUUCAGCCUCCGCCUCGUAAGGUUGAUAAAGAAACCAACACAGAAGAUGUCUUCCCAGAAGAAGUCGCGAGUCUCCCGAAGGAGAGGCCCGGCCGCAGGGCCCGGGGGUCGCCUUUUGUCCGGAGUAGCACAAUUGUCCGUUCGCAGACCUUCUCCCCCGGAGCACGAAGCCAGUAUGUUUGCAGACUUUAUCGGAGUGACAGCGACAGUUCGACCCUGCCCCGGAAGUCCCCCUUUGUCCGAAACACCUUGGAAAGACGAACCCUUCGCUAUAAGCAGCCCUGCAGGGCCUCCCUGGCCGAGCUCAUGGCCCGCACGUCCCUGGACCUGGAGCUGGAUCUCCAGGCCUCGAGAACGCGGCAGCGGCAGCUGAACGAGGAGAUCUGUGCCCUGCGUGAGCUGAGGCAGCGGUUGGAGGAUGCGCAGCUCCGAGGCCAGACCGACCUCCCGCACUGGGUGCUGCGCGACGAGCGGUUCCGGAGCCUGCUAAAGGAAGCCGAGAGGCAGACGAGACAGACCAAACUUGACUUCCAUCAAGAACAGGCAGCUGAGAAGAUGCUGAGGAAGGCCUCCAAGGGGGUCUGCCAGCUGCGAGGGCAGAACCACAAAGAGCCCGUCCAGGUGCAGACCUUCAGGGAGAAGAUAGCAUUUUUCACAAGACCAAGGAUUAACAUACCUCCUCUGCCUGCCGACGAUGUUUGAUACAGUGCUUUGUACACAUGAAGUAUUUAUCUGCCUGUUUUAUUUUCAUGAAGUUCUUAGGCUAGCUACAUUUGUCUUUAAAAUAUUUGUGCAAAGCUAUUAAUAUACACCUUUUGUAAAAAAAAAAAAAACCCCACAUCUAUAUCUAUACAUAUAUAUUUUAUAAUAGUGACGGCAACAGGGCUUGGCUUUCCCUCGUUGUGAAAUUGACAUCUCUGAAGACAGGUUAUUUUAUAAAAGAUCAACUAUCAUGUUAAGAGUGUACAGUUUUUACGCUGUUUUAUUUGACUUAAAGGCUGGAAGACAGAAACAAAGUGAGUUCAGGCAAAUUCACUGUAUUGUAAUUUAUUUAUAGUACUUUUUUUUUUUUUUCCUUGAAGGAAAAUACUGACGUUCAGAUGUAUUUUAAGACUAAAAUUGUGUGCUUCAGUAUUUGUCAUGCAGUAGAACGGAACUUUGGGGCCGGUUUUGUUUCUGACACCCAAAACGCAAACACUCUGUGCUCAAUCCAUCGCUUGUAGCCGUCUCUCGCGUGUCUUCACCGUGCCCGGCGUGCACGCUGCGGUGGCCCAGGGCCGGGUCACAUGCCGUGCGGGCACCGCAGAGCUGUCUCCCGUGCGCAGUGCGCGCCACGAGCCUCCCGUCCUGCCGUCUCUCCGCGCAUCCCCGUGCGUCCCCCCGUGAGUCUGAUGCGGGCCCCGAGCCCCGGCAUCCUGGCCUCUAGCCUGCCUGUCCGUGGUGGCUGCCCGUGGUGGCUGUCCGCAGGCAGCCCCGCCUUCUGAGUCCGCUCCCCCUGACCUUGGCCUCCAAGGCGGUUGUGGAGCUCCUGCGCUACCACCGUGCCGCGAAGGGAAGUGACGGGAACCGGGAACGCGCGUGUUCGCAGACUCCGUGAAUCCACGGAUGGACGUAUCGGUUAUGACGUAGAAGUGGUGGCCUUGGAAGGCGCUUUUUUGUGGAAGGAAGUGUGUGUGGGUAACGACGAUUACCCAGUGGGUCUCUUACAGGAGAGUAUUGGAUUUAAAUCAA